AGCAUCUGUGGUAACUACGGGCACAAGCAGAAAUACCCUCUCCUCAUGCAGCACUGGAAAAUACAAUAACGACACACCUAUUCUGCCUCCACAUUCCUACAAUGAUCUGUGGAAAAUAACGAAUUGUUUUUCUGGUGUAGACAGCUGACAGAGAGAAUAAUGGCCGGCGGUUCUGAGAGUAAACAAGAAGAAGAGGCACUUGGCAACCUAAUUGUUCAUUUCCAGAGCUACUUGCAUGGAGGAACCUCCAGCUUGUUGUCCACCCUUCCCACCCUUAUCGUCUUUCCUGUCUAUAAGACUGUUUUUCGUCAACAAAUCCACAACACCUCAGUUCACAAGGCAGUGGCACAGCUCUAUAGAGAGGGCCCUGUGAAGCUCUAUAGGGGUGUGGCUCCACCGUUAGUGAUGAGGACGCUGAACGGCACAUUGCUCUUUGGCCUCCAGGAUACCCUCCUCCGACAGCUCCCUCUGCAAUCCCAGAAUGUCAUCUCUGCCAAGGCCCUUCCUGCUCUGGCGGGGUUUGGGGCAGGUGUUGUAGAAGCCGUGGUUUUUACGCCCUUUGAGCGUGUUCAGAAUGUGCUGCAGAACAGCCAGAAUGACAGUCGUCUACCCUCGUUCAAGAGCAUCCUUCUAAGGCUAAAGGCAGAGGGGAUUGCUUUAGGCUACUACAGAGCCUUCCUGCCCAUUGCAGCCCGCAAUGCCUUCGGCAGCUCCCUCUACUUUGGACUGAAGGGGCCUGUGUGUGUUGCUGUGGCGGAGCAGGGGGUCUCACCAAUGGCCUCCUCUUUCAUCUCAGGAACAGUGAUAUCAGUGGCAGUCAGCUUGACUCUGUAUCCACUCUCUGUGCUUGUGGCAAACAUGCAGUCACAAGUAGGUGGGGACGUUAAAGGGGUCAUAGCAUGCUGGGCUCUGCUCUGGAAAUCUCGUAAUAGGAGUUUGGCGUUACUGUAUCGAGGAGGUUCCAUGGUUAUCCUGAGGUCGUGCAUCACUUGGGGACUCACCACUGCCAUUUAUGACAGGCAGGAGAAACGAUCAGGCUGA